CAUCCGGGGGCUACCCGAGUGUGGGCCGAAGCAGGCGCUCCAGCCGCAGAAGUAUCCCCGGGAACAGCCCCAGGAGGAGCUGGGCCAAGCCUCAUCUCCAGCUCCACAGCCUCCAGGGUAGAGUGUGGGCUUCUUUGUUGGAUUCUCGAACCAUUUCGUGGCCCCAGUGCCCCACUACGGCGGGGGUUGGGGGGGGCGCUGGAGGGAGGAGGGGGGAAGUUUCACGUUCAUCACAUCCUGGGAGUCUUCCCAGGGCUCAGUCUGGCCGCUGGGAAUGAGUCAUGUCUAUGCUCCUGGAGAGGACUACAGGUUUGGGGGAACUUUGGGGGAACUUGUGAGCAGGCAGUGAAGGUCCCUUAGGAGUCUCAUCACCACCCCAUCUGGCAGUGGGUGUAGGAGACUCCCCUGCAGGAGUCUGGGUUCUCCCCGCUCUGGAAGAGCUGCCCAUGGGGCAGCCCCUGGCGGGGCUGGGGCAGGCCGGGACAAGGGACAGAGAUUACAAUCUCCUUCCCUUUCUUUGUCCCAGUAAUCCCAGUCCCCCGAGGGAAGGCAGCAAGGCAGGCUCACCCCCGAGGGCAGCAAGCUGUGGGCGUUCUUUGGAUUCGAGAGCGCUCUCCUUCCUGCAAUGUCCUCAUCACGUGCGGGGGCGGAGGAGGGCAGGCGGGCAGAAUGCGGGCACAGUCUGGGCAGGCAGUGGCCUGGCAUCGCGCUGGGCUGGCAGUAGCAUCCGGAGCUCUCUCCUGCUCCCGAGAAGGGGCCGUUCUCACUGGCUUUCCUGGCCGUGGGAGGCUGAGGCUCGGGAGGUCAAAGUGCCUUCCCUAAGACGGGGUUAGAUUGGAGCCCUCGUCCGGGUUCUGCUGUAGGUUUACUCUGUGGCCCCUGGGGCAAGUCCCCUCACCCUGUCGUUCCUGACAGUGGCUUCAUCCAUCAGACCGGGAGUUCGUAUCUCUUGCCCAGCGUCACUGAGUUGCUGCGGAGCUCGGAUGUGACAAGAGCAAAUAGAAACAAGGAGAGGGAAGCACUCGGGAAAGCAUAUAAAGCGCUGAAGGGGGAGGUGACUGCGUGUUUUGAGGAAGAACCGAUGCUGGAACGUCGCUGCAGGGGCCCCGUGGCCAUGGGCCCGGUCCAGCCCCGACUCCUUUCCGGGCCCUCCCAGGAGUCGCCCCAGACCCUGGAGAAGGAGCCCCAAGGGCUGAGGUCGCGAAGCACCGCCGCGGCCCAGUCGGGCGGCCAGCCCCUAGGUCGGGCUCAUCGCUGUGCCCACUGUCGGAGGCACUUCCCCGGCUGGGUGGCCCUUUGGCUUCAUGCCCGGCGCUGCCAGGCCCGCCUGCCCCGGCCCUGUCCCGAGUGCGGCCGCCGCUUCCGUCACGCCCCUUUCUUGGCAUUGCACUGCCAGGUCCAUGCCGCCGCCACCCCAGACCUGGGCUUUGCCUGCCACCUGUGCGGGCACAGCUUCCGAGGCUGGGUGGCCCUGGUUCUGCACCUGCGGGCCCACUCGGCGGCGAAGCGGCCCAUCGCCUGUCCCGCCUGUGAGAGACGCUUCUGGCGGAGAAAGCAGCUGCGGGCCCAUUUGCGGCGCUGCCACCCCCCGGCCCCUGAGGCCCGGCCCUUCAUCUGCGGCAACUGUGGCCGCAGCUUCGCCCAGUGGGACCAGCUGGUGACGCACAAGCGGGUCCACGUGGCCGAGGCGCUGGAGGAGACGGCGGCCAAGGCCCUGGGGCCGCGGCCCCGGGGGCGCCCGGCAGUGACCGCGCCCCGGCCGGGCGGGGACGCCGUUGACCGCCCCUUCCAGUGUGCCUGCUGUGGCAAGCGCUUCCGCCACAAGCCCAACCUGAUCGCCCACCGCCGCGUGCAUACGGGCGAGCGCCCGCACCAGUGCCCCGAGUGCGGGAAGCGCUUCACCAAUAAGCCCUACCUGACCUCGCACCGGCGCAUCCACACGGGCGAGAAGCCGUACCCGUGCACCGAGUGUGGCCGCCGCUUCCGCCACAAGCCCAACCUACUGUCGCACAGCAAGAUCCACAAGCGCUCCGAGGGGUCCGCGCAGGGCGGGCCCCAGCCGCCCGCCAGCGCCCCGGAGCGCCCCCAGGAGCCCCCUCCGGAGCCUGCCCCAGAGCCCGCCGAAGUCCCGGCUGGGCCCGGGCCGCCAGGCGCCGCGGCAGAGGCCCCGCCCUCCCUCCACACCUGCGCCGACUGUGGGCGGGGCUUCCGGCUGGAGCGCUUCCUGCGCGCGCACCAGCGGCAGCACGGCGGCGAGCGCCCCUUCGCGUGCGCCGAGUGCGGCAAGCACUUCGGCAAGAAGACGCACCUAGUGGCGCACUCCCGGGUGCACUCGGGCGAGCGGCCUUUCGCGUGCGAGGAGUGCGGGCGCCGCUUCUCCCAGGGGAGCCACCUGGCCGCCCACCGGCGCGACCACGCGCCCGAGAGGCCCUUCGUGUGCCCGGACUGCGGAAAGGCCUUCCGCCACAAGCCCUAUCUGGCCGCGCACCGGCGCAUCCACACCGGCGAGAAGCCGUACGUCUGCCCCGAGUGCGGCAAGGCGUUCAGCCAGAAGUCCAACCUGGUGUCCCACCGGCGCAUCCACACGGGCGAGCGCCCCUACGCCUGCCCCGACUGCGACCGCAGCUUUAGCCAGAAGUCCAACCUCAUCACCCACCGCAAGAGCCACAUCCGGGACGGCGCCUUCUGCUGCGCCAUCUGUGGCCAGACCUUUGACGACGAGGGGAAGCUCCUGGCCCACCAGAAGAAGCACGACGUCUGAGCGGGCCGGGGCGGCGGAGGCCGAGGGAGGGCGGGCCGGGGCGUCGUUCACACUGUGCCCUCUGCUGCUGCUGUCGGCGCAGGGGCUGGCGAGGUGGGGUGAGCCGGCCCCGUUAGGGAGGGAGGUCCCCCGCUGUAAUCAGGGAGUCCACUUGCAGAGCAGGGACCCCGGCCUCCCGCUCGUGUUUGCUAAGGUUCGGUCCGACUAUCCUGUGCCCUGGAAAAGUAGCAAUAGCAGCUCCACCCACCACUUAGAGCCCUCCGGCCGGAGGGGCCACCAGUGGACAGGAGGACCCCUCUCCUCUGGUGUUAACGCCUUAACGUCCCGUCUCUUAAUUAUGAGUUCCUUCGGCUCGUUUUUUUUUUUUUUUUUGCAAGUAGGUGUGGUUCAGCCUUUAGUGAAUGAAUGCCCGGGAAGAUCAAUGGACCAGCUGGGCACACCUGGGAGAACCUGCCGGCCUUGUUGGGCAGCACCUGGGCCUUUUCCAGUCCUGGGAGGCAAAGCCGAGCUCCUCCAUCCUACCCCAGCCCGGCCCCUCGCUCCUGCCCCUGCACAGGCACCCAGAUUUGGAGAGACCCAUCUCCUGUUAGUGCCCUGGCUCCUCUUCCUCUACCGAAAGAUCAGUUCCGGCCCACCCCCCCCACCCCACCCAAGAGCAUCUUCCCACGCUGCGACUGCCUUCAUCCAACCACCUUCCCAGCACUUAGAGCAAUCCCAUGGCUGUCCGCCGCCCUGUGUCAGGGCUUUUGUCCGAAUACCCCAGCCUGCCUUCACUCCCUUCAGAGCUCAGCACAUUGUGGGGAGGACUGCUCCAUUGCUAACAGAAGGCCAGCUGAUGGGAAGUGGGAGUGAGUUUCCCUUCCAGCAUUCUAGCGAGUGGAUCCCCAACCUCUGCUUGAACACUUCGGUGACAGGGAAUCUCCUGAGGCCCUGGUUCUGUUGUAGAAUAAUUCUAAUUGUUAGAAAUUCUUCCUUAUAAUGAAUGAAGUCCGCUUCCCUGUAAUUUCUACUGUUGGGCCUUGUUCUCUGGAACUAAACACAACCACUUAACCCUCCUUUUCCAACUAGAGAAUAAAGAUCUGGUUUUAGA